AGAAAACACUAUAAGUGAAUAUUUCAUACAAUGAAUUUGAAGGAUUUACAACUUACAAACAAAACAAUGUGGAUAUUUUAUGUGCUACUAGGUAUUUGUAUUAUCAUAUUUACAAUGUUGAUGAACAAUUCUUGCUCAGAAAAAAGAAACGGAAUUCAAUCGGUUAUUACUUGGACGAGCCAAAACGUUACAGACGAAGCGGAGAAAAGUGCAACUAAAGAUCGAUUCUUGCAACGGAUUAUCAAGGUUUUCGAUAAUGGACCACGAUUUGAUUAUUCUUUUUCACCUUUGUAUCAAAACAAGUCAUCAAAAAUCAUCAAAAGUUAUACUCGACAUCAAAACUUUGACACAGACAGAUAUUUAUCAAAUGUUGAUUGUAGUUUGCUGUUUCAAGAAAACUCGAAAGAAACCGAGAGAGUUCGUAACCUGAAUACUACAAACAAAUCACCAACGUUUUGCAAUCAAACGUACGAGUGUAACAGUUUCAUUUUAUCAAGAGGAUAUAUAAUGGAUUCUUUAACCGACGAGGAGAGAGAUUUCCCAGUUGCAUAUAGUAUUCUUGUUUACGAAAGCCCAGAACAAUUCGAGAUUCUUCUGAGAGCCAUAUACCGCCCACAAAAUGCUUACUGCGUUCACGUUGACAGAAAAACCACCGAAAACGUGUUUAAUGAAUUCUCAUGCAUUGCACAAUGCUUUCCAAAUGUGAAGUUGGCAUCUAAAAGAAUGGAGGUGGAAUGGGGGAAAAUAGGAAUAGUACUAGCGGAACUCUCGUGCAUGAAAGAUCUUUUAUCAAUUUCAAAAUGGAAAUAUUUCAUUAACUUAACUGGUCGGGAGUUUCCACUGCGUACAAAUUAUGAAUUAGUGAAAAUAUUAAAAAUUUAUAAUGGUUCCAACGAUGGGGAAGGCACAAUCAAAAGGGCUAACAAAGACAGAUGGGAAAUUGGAGUAAAGCCUCCCCAUAAUAUUCAUCCAGUAAAGGGAUCGGUUCACGUCACACUUAAUAGAAAGUUUGUGGAAUACCUCGUCAACAAUAGUGUAGCUGCUGAUUUUCUAACUUGGGUAAACAAAACAAAAAUUCCAGAUGAGACAUACUUCGCCACACUAAUUCACAAUCCUAAUCUUGGAAUUCCAGGAAGUUUUAAAGGAGAUCUGGAAACAGAUUAUGGUGUACAAAAACCUUUUCUAUCUCGGUUUAAAAACUGGGAAACUUCACCCAACUCUUUACCAUGUAAUGGUAAAUACGUUAGAACGAUCUGUAUAUUUGGAGUUGGAGAUCUCCCUCUUCUUGCUCGUCGACCUGAGUUCUUUGCCAAUAAAUUUCAUCUCGAUUACCAAAGAGAAUCUUUACUUUGUAUGGAUGAACUUAUUUUUAACAGGACAAGGGAGGAAUAUUACCAACGACUGCAUUUUGAUACAACGUAUUAUAAAAACUUAAAACAUAUCCGAAACAUUGUAUAAAUGCAUUUACAUGUUUGAAGACCUAUUUGAUAAAUAAAAAAUAGUGUUUUAUGCAUAAAUGCUUUUUUUGUGGUAUGUGUUUUUUUUCUUCUAAAACUGGCCAUUAUAGUCAGAAGGUUCCA